AUGAAAGCAACGAAAUUAACAAACGUGUGUUUGUAUAGAUUAUUGUCACUAUCAACUUGCAGAUUCGAUAAAAAAACGGCGGCAUCGAAGGAUUUACUUGCAGAGUAUGAAAAGAAACGGGAUUUUAAGAAAACAAAUGAACCUAAACCAACAGAAGCUCAGCCUGAAAUGAAUCAACAUCGAUUUGUUGUACAGGAGCAUCACGCCUCGAUGUUACAUUUUGAUUUUCGACUUGAAUUAAACGGUGUUAUGAAAAGGUCAGUGCCGAAAGGACCAAGUUUAAAUCCUCGAGAUAAACGUCUAGCAAUUAUGGUUGAAGAUCAUCCAAUUGAGUAUAUGAAUUUUCAAGGAACUAUUCCAAACGGAGAAUAUGGCGCAGGCGAAGUACGAACGUGGGAUAUUGGAACAUAUGAGUCGUUGGAUGACAAUGAUGAUAUGAAUGCGGGUAUUGAUAAAGGCAAAUUAACCUUUCGACUUCAUGGCAAGAAAUUGAAAGGCGAAUUUCACAUGGUUCGUUCGCGAUUCGGCAAAACUCAACGAGAUAAUCAAUGGUUGUUGAUGAAAACGAACGAUCAAUUUGCUGAUGAACAUUUUGUACUCGAUCGUAUCCUUGAUUAUGGUUCACGACGAGAUCUGCAAACAGCAAAGAUUACUACUGGAAGUGAAAAAUGUCCACAAGCUACAUCCGCAUUGCCCAAGCGAACGAAAAGAAAGUCAUAA